AUUCUCCCCGCCACACAGCACAUCUCAACAGUUGCUGUUGCUCACUCACCAUGGCAUAUCCCGCCUACGACACUUACAAUAGUCAAGUUGCAUUCCCCCGUCAAUAUAGUACCUACGCUGGUGACCACGCUUAUCAUGAUCCUUUAAUGGCCGGGGCAUACGGCGAGAACUACCCUCAGCCACAGUACCCGAUCUACACCCCACAACGGACACUAAGCCAAUACGCCAGUCAUCAUUACGAUGACCUCGACCCCUACCACGCAGAUGCUGGGUAUGCCACCCCAUACGCACCUCAGGGCAUGAGACAGCGACGAUAUUCGUCGAUGUCUCAUCGCUCCCGCCCACGAUUGGAUCAUUACGCUCGUCGAUACGGUUCUACUAUUAUCAAGUUCAAGCGAAAGGGUGGAUUUCGCAGUGGCAUCACUCUCGGUGAAGCCAUGUCGAAUGUUCGGUUGUCUUCAAAUGAUCAGUAUUCCUACCACGACCUCGGUGUGGAUCAUCGAGGGCGUAUGCUCCUCAAGAUCAGGUGGACAGGCUACACGUCCAUGACUUAUGAGAUCCCCGUGGAUGGCUAUGAGGGGCGUGUACAACUGCAAACUGUGGCGCGUCGAAUAGCCCGUGCAUGUGUCCACUUCCUUCAGGCAAACAUGAUCCCCAUCUCAUGGGACCGUGUCAUGCUAUACCAUUUGGAGGAGAACUCACCUGGCGUGUGGCAGCCUGUUCUCUCCACGAGCUGAAUGAGCCACUACCUCGUUCCUGCAGCUCGCUAUGGACGAUCAGCCUGCAACGGAAAAUAUGUACUACUUCCUAAGUGCCCCUGAACCUAAGGCGUAAUCUUUGUAUGAUUAUCGUGGCGUGAGUAACUCGCUUUGCUGUGACAUAAUGUACUAUCAUUGCUUUAUUCUCGUAACAACUACUCUGUAUCCUGCUUUGCAUAGUAUUAUCAUGUACUAUAGUAUAUAUUUGCCCACGUCUCAAUGGAAUAUGAUCUCAUGAUGUUCAUUUCUAG